ACCACGUCCGAGCUGUACGUCUCGAUAAUCGCUGGCUCACUGAGGAAUUAUUUCCGGGAGCAGGGCAUACUCCAUCCGCCCGAUCUGGUGUUCGUUGCGCCAUGCUCCUCACAUGGGCUGGCACCGGUCGGCGAUUGUUGCGAAACGAACCUGAUGUCGUUCCAGUUGCCGACGAGUGUAGAAGGAGCGAUUCCUCGAUUAUGGGCGGUUCAACGGAGCGUUGCGAAGGUGAUUGACGGUCCAAUGAUGGGAGCGGUAACGACUUUCCAAACCAUAGUGUGCCCUUCGAGUCGUCUACCGGUCACAUGCCGUCUACUUCGCCUUCUACACAGGGUCAACAACAACAGGAUUUCCUCCGACGCCCUCGUUCGGACGAUGUUCGUGUUUCCAUCGCUGGCUGCGUCUGUGAGGGCGGCUUUCGUGUUCGUGCAGCACGGCGACGGCAUCGAUGUGAGCGUAUCGUUGUGUAGUCGUACAUUUCCAGAACCGAAUCGUGUACUGGACUGCUUCCAGCGUGAAACCCAACUGCUACUCGAUCACCUCUCACUUCGACUACUUUCGCUUCCACAAAUUACCGUACUACCCGGUGUACCGGCAUGUCUCCGGCAUGAACGAACAGAAAACGAGGUGGACAGUGAAACGUUCGGCGCCAGUGCUUAUCUCAAUCAAAAGACUGGUGAAGAACCGGAGAUCAAA